CUCCAGGAUUCUACUUUCGAACAUUCAAGCAUAAUCUUUAUUCUCUUCCUUCCGUCAUAUUUCAAUUUUCAAUUUUUAAAAAUUAAAUUAAUCACUCACGAACAGUCUAUCGUCGGCUCCCUACAUACUUAGUACACAGUACCAACGUCUACGAGCUAUUACUUUUCAGCAGUUAAUCUCUCGUAACUUGUUUUCUUUCCUGUUCGUCAUCCUGUAACUCUCCCAGAUAGAGCUAAGCCCGGAUCGGCGAAAUCUCCUCGGGGCUGGCGAAGCAGGCUGGACUUUAGAGAAGUAGGCUGUCUAGAUUGCAUACUACCCAUCAACCACACUUCUUCUGCCCGUCAGCAGACGCUACUUGCCAUGUUCCAGAAGUAGGCUUCCAAUAAAGUCGAUCGAAUUUCGCCAUUCGCCAUCAUGGUUGAUGUCGACGUCGAUGCUUUUCUACGACAAGGCUAUUGGCCAAAUUCCAGGGCUAGGAGCCCAGAUUCAAGGGUUUUAACGUCCAGCACCACAUCGAGUCAAUCUUCCUAUGUGAAUGUGACGUCGAGUAGGUUACCUCGUAACGUCAGCCGUCUACGCAAUUAUCCUCCACCUCCAAGUGUUGAGGACGAAGACGAUUCACUCGCCAAAGAAUACGGAUCUCCGAUUCCUGCAUCGCCCGGCGAGGAACCGAUUCAUCGUGGGGAUCCUGAACAAUACCCCAUUUUACUCCCUGUACACGAAUUCAAUCCGGAGAGGCGAUUCGUCUUAGUGUCGACCUCGUCUGAUUCUUCAGACGAUCAUUCGCACGGUGCCAAGAGGUUGCCGAGGCGACCCAAAUCUAGGGAACCAAACCCCGAUCCCGAACCAGAACCAGAACUUACUUCCUAUGAGGCAAAUACAGGCCGCAAAUAUGAUGCACGUGCGCAUCAUGAGGAAGAGUCUGAGAAAAAGCGGGAUGCACAACCAAAUCAUGAGAAGCGUCGUAGUAAACUCGACCAUCUGCCUACUAUCGUCACCGACAUUAAGUCCGAGCCGCGGUCGCCUGAUGAGGUGAGAAGACCAAAAUCCGCGGCGCGGUCCGACAAGGGUGGUGAUGAUUACUUCUCACCCCGCCUUAGCUCUCGACUUCAGGAAGGGAAUACGUUAUCGCCAGAUGUAAUAGAGCAUGCUAGUCGAGGACGGGACCGAGCAUACUAUCAAGGCGGAUCAACUACUCACACUCAUCACCGUAAUCGCUCAUCUCAUUCUAAUAUUCAGUAUGAGAAGCAGAGCCCUCGCGAUGAAAGGAGAUAUAAAGAGAAACCUAUUCAGUCUGCAAAGUCAACGAGUCCUAACCAUCAUAAACGACGCUCAACUGCGGAUUCUCCUCCACACGCGAGAGCAUCGUCGAAAGUAGAUUACGAGAAGCCACGUCAAUAUGCUGAGCCCCGGUCUCCUAGACCAGACCGAAAUAGCUAUGCGCGAUCUGAGAUCGUAUCCAAUUCCACAGAGAAGCGAAAGUCUAAUCCGAUUCAUGGCGAAUAUUAUUAUUCAAGCGAUGAUGAGGUGCCACAUGAGGUUCAUUCUCACCGUCGACAAGAAUCAUUAGGAUCUGAUACCAAACCUUUCCUUCAACCUGCGCCAGAAUUGAGAUCAAGCGACAAGCGAAGAUCUCGUAGGUCAUCCCCAAUUCCAUCUCCGAGGACCUCUCAGAUCUAUGAACAGGAAUCGCAGAGGGAUCCACCAUCUUCCAGUCCACGGAGUUCAACAAUUCCGAAAGAAAUCAGGUUCUCGCGAGGCGAGCAGCAGCGUUCCAAGCCACCAUUAUCUCGGACUUCCACAGCUAAGUCCUUGUUAAACACUUCCGCUUCUGUAGCAAUCCCAGCCGUCGUCGCAGCAGCCACCGCAGCAUCUAUGAAUUCAGGUCCAACUCCCACCGACCCCCGCAAAUCAACAACGUUUCCACCUCCACCACCCAGAACGCCACCAAGAACAGGCCCUGUCCCACUAGGCCCACGUUCCUCAACAUCCUCACUAUCAUCCAGCCCUCACCGACAACCCCGCCCACACAUAGAAACCAGCCCCCUAAGAUCCAUCAUCAGCACAACCCAACCCACAACCCCCUACCGCCGGUACCUCGACGACGUACAAUCCGGCGACCUGCCCGACCCGCACCGCUGCCCGCGACGCACCGCCGCAGCCGGCCACGUCGACUGGCUCACACUCCCGCGGUGCGACAACUUCCACAUCUGCCCGUCGUGCUACGACGCCACCUUCCUCAACACCGAGUUCGCGCACCACUUCGUUCCCGCGCCCUUCCGCGCCUUCGACCGUCCUCUCGUCUGCGACUUCGGCGCCUCGCGGUUCUUCCCCAUCGCCUUUUUCCUCACUUCCAAAUACGGAAGCCCCGAUCUCGCGCUGUUGUUCCGCAAUAUCGCGAAUAUCGCGGCGAAAAACCUGCCGUGUGCGGGCAGGAGGGAGGUUGUGCGCAGCUGGUUCUCCGUGAGGGAUUUGAGGGCCGGCGGCACGGUGGACGGCUUUACGGUGUGUUUUGCGUGCGCGAAGACCGUGGAGGUGCUGCUGCCGAAUCUCACGGGCUUGUUUGUGCCCACGGAGGCGUCGGGGGAGCCGGUGCGCGGCGUUUGUGCGCUGCAUCAGGAGAACGAGAGGAGGUUCUUGUUUUACUUUGAUUUGCUGGAAGCUGCGGCUGAUAAAGCGCUUUUGACGAAAAGUACACCGGAUGUACAGGCGCUUGCGGACCGCGUGCGCGAGUCGACGGAGGUGCCGGAGUGUGCGCGCGAGAACCCGGUCAGGAAUGGACGGUGGUAUGUCAUGCGCUCGAUGCCGCAUUUCACCGUGUGCGAGGAGUGUUUUGGCGAGGUCGCCUGGCCGAUGAUUCAGUCCGAUAACGGGUCCCUUGCUGCUACGUUUCACAAGAAUCCCCAGAGGAUGCCGUUGGCGGCGUGUCAGCUUUACUCCGAGCGCAUGAGGAGUGUGUUCAAGGCUGCGGUCAGACAUGGCGAUUUGGGGUUCUUGGAGAGUAAGGUCAGGGAGCGCAGGCUUAGGGAGCAGGAGUAUCAUGCGAGGAUUGUGGGGCUUGAUAGGAAUGUUUUGGGAGCCGCAUGGGUUGAGGCGGAGGUGGAGAGGGCGAGGAGGGAGUGGUUGAGGUGGGAAUAG